CGCCCGCCCCCUGCAGGCGGUUCGGGGAGGCGCCGGUCGGUUCCCGGGGACCUUUCGCUCAGCAUCUGGGAGCGCCGGGAGCGCGGCUGCUGCGGCUGCGGCGGCGCCGCGGGACCUGAGUGGAGCGGAAAGACCCAGUAGCACAAAGAUGAGGAGUGCAGCCAAGCCCUGGAGUCCAGUCAUCAAAGCUGGGAGCCAUGGGACGGAGCGUGCACGGCCCCUCCCCGCAGCCUCUUCCGGCAUGAAGAGUUCUAAAUCUUCAACUUCUUUGGCUUUUGAGUCCCGACUCAGCAAGCUCAAGAGGGCCAGUAGUGAGGACAUGCUCAGCAAACCGGGAAGUACUGCCGCUUCUGGAGUCGUUCGCCUGAAAAAGACUUCAACAGCUGGAGCCAUCUCCGAGCUCGCAGAGGGCCGCCUGAGGAGCAACUCAGGGGCUGUUACAACAACCAAAAGGACAGGCAUUCCAGCUCCUCGAGAACUUUCGGUAACUGUCUCAAGAGAGAGAACUGUGCCACGUGGUCCCUCCAACCCAAAGAAGUCAGUGUCCAGCCCAACUUCUUCCAGCACACCUACCCCUACCAAGCACCUGAGGACCACUUCCACAAGACCCAAGCAAGAGAAUGAAAGUGGAGAAAAAGCCGUGCUCGAGUCCCAGGUUCGGGAACUUUUGGCAGAAGCCAAAGCAAAAGAUAGUGAAAUUAACAGGCUUCGAAGUGAACUAAAGAAAUUCAAAGAGAAAAGGACUCUGAACGCUGAAGGAACUAAUGCUUUGGACCCAAAUGUAGAUGGAACAUCAGUUUCACCAGGUGACUCUGAACCUUUGAUAAGAGCUCUUGAGGAGAAGAACAAAAAUUUUCAGAAAGAACUUGCUGACCUAGAGGAAGAAAACCGGGCCUUGAAGGAAAAACUGACUUAUUUUGAGCAUUCUCCAAAUUCAGAAGCGGGGGCAAGUCAGACUGGUGAUAGCAGCUGCCCAACAUCUGUAACUCAAGACUCAAGCUUCGGAAGCCCAACUGGAGAUCAGUUGUCAGGUGAAAUCGAUGAAUAUAAAAAAAACAUACACGAAAAUGCAUUACGGACGUCAGGAUCUUCCAGUAGCGAUGUUACCAAAGCUUCUUUGUCACCAGAUGCCUCCGAUUUUGAGCACAUCACAGCAGACACCCCCUCUAGGCCCCUGUCUUCCACCAGCAACCCAUUUAAGAGCUCCAAGUGUUCCACCACUGGGAGUUCCCCUAACAACGUGAGUGAGUUGUCCCUGGCUUCCCUUACCGAAAAGAUACAAAAGAUGGAAGAAAAUCACCAUAGCACAGCCGAAGAGCUGCAGGCAACUUUACAAGAAUUGUCAGACCAGCAGCAAAUGGUGCAGGAAUUGACAGCUGAAAAUGAGAAACUGGUGGACGAGAAGACUGUUUUGGAAACUUCCUUUCAUCAGCAUCGAGAGAGGGCAGAGCAGCUAAGUCAAGAAAACGAGAAGCUGAUGAAUCUCUUACAAGAGCGAGUGAAGAAUGAAGAGCCCAGUGCUCAGGAAGGAAAGAUCCUUGAACUGGAACAGAAGUGUGCAGAAAUUCUUGAACAGGGCCGCUUUGAAAGAGAGAAGCUGCUCAACAUUCAGCAGCAGCUGACCUGUAGCUUACGGAAGGCUGAGGAAGAAAACCAAGGAGCUUUAGAAAUGAUUAAACACCUAAAGGAAGAAAAUGAAAAACUGAAUGGGCUUCUGGAACUGGAACGGCGUAAUAAUAGUGUGAUGGCCAAAACUCUGGAAGAAUAUAAAGUUACCUUCGAAGGGCUGAAGAUGGAAAAUGGGUCUUUGAAGGCUCAUUUGGAGAAUGAGAAGCAAAAAGCUGCAGAGACCAGUCUUGUGGGGCAAACAGCAGAGGGCUGUGAAGUUCAAGAAAUGUUGAAAGUAGCUCGAGCUGAGAAAGAUCAGCUGGAACGGUCUUGCACCGAGCUCAAACAAGAGUUACUAAAGGCACAUGGCGAAGUUAAACAUGUUUCAAGCCUACUAGCCAAGGUGGAAAAGGAUUAUUCUUACUUGAAGGAGCUAUGUGAUCAUCAAGCAGAACAGCUGAGCCGAACCAGCCUAAAACUGCAAGAGAAAGCAUCCGAGAGUGAUGCAGAGAUUAAAGACAUGAAGGAGACCAUAUUUGAAUUGGAAGAUCAGGUGGAACAGCAUCGAGCUGUCAAGUUACAUAAUAAUCAGCUCAUCAGCGAGCUAGAAAGCAAUGUGAUGAAGCUGGAAGAACAGAAGUCAGACCUGGAAAGGCAGCUCAAGACUCUGACUAAGCAGAUAAAGGAGGAGACCGAGGAGUGGAGGCGGUUCCAGGCGGACCUGCAGACUGCAGUGGUGGUGGCCAAUGACAUCAAGUGUGAGGCCCAGCAGGAGCUGCGCACUGUGAAGAGGAAGUUGCUGGAGGAAGAGGAGAAGAAUGCCAGGCUGCAGAAGGAGCUGGGGGACAUGCAGGGCCACAGCAGACCUGUGAAUGAAGAGUCAGAGCCCUGCGAGGUCGAUGCUCCUGGCCGCUGGCGUGGUGUCUGCGUGGACAGAACACCUCCAACACCUUCGGAGUCUGCUACCACUGUGAAGUCCCUUAUCAAGUCGUUUGACUUGGGACGCCCAGGUGGAGCUGGGCAGAAUAUUUCUGUCCAUAAGACCCCUAGAAGUCCCCUAAGUGGAAUACCGGUGAGGACUGCGCCAGCCGCUGCCGUCUCUCCAAUGCAGAGGCAUUCAGCGUACAGCAGUGUCCGGCCAGCCAGCAAAGGAGGGACGCAACGCCUGGAUCUUCCAGACCUUCCCCUCUCAGAUCUUCUAAAGGGAAGGGCUGAGGACCUGAAACCGGACCCUUAUCUCCGUAAGAGUCCCUCGCUCGAGUCACUGAGCAGACCCCCUUCUCUGGGCUUCGCGAGCACCAGACUGCUGAGCGCUUCCACUGGGGGCUUGAAACCACAAAGCAAACUCAGUGUGGAAAGAAGAGAUCCUCUGGCUGCCUUGGCCCGGGAAUAUGGAGGCUCCAAGCGCAAUGCUCUGCUGAAGUGGUGCCAGAAGAAGACAGAAGGUUAUGCGAACAUUGAUAUCACCAAUUUCAGCAGCAGCUGGAGUGAUGGCUUGGCGUUCUGUGCUCUGCUCCAUACCUACCUGCCUGCCCACAUCCCAUACCAGGAGCUGAACAGUCAGGAGAAAAAAAGGAAUCUCUUGUUGGCAUUUGAAGCAGCUGAAAGUGUAGGCAUCAAACCCAGCCUGGAGCUCAGUGAGAUGCUGUACACAGACCGGCCCGACUGGCAGAGCGUGAUGCAGUACGUGGCCCAAAUCUACAAGUACUUUGAGACGUAAACCCAGAGGGCCCAAGAGCAGCCGCUACCACCUGCAGUUUGUCCUGGAAGCACCUGGUCACUUUCCACAGGCCCUGCUCCAUCUGCCACCCGACUGUCUGGAUUUCAGAGGAAGGCUCAACCCAGGGGGACCAACACAAAGAAGAAGCAGAGCUGGCUUGCGCCGUGCACCCGCCAUGCAUCCAGAGGCACUGGGAGUGUACGUCGAGGAAGCUUCGCUCUGCCACGGCCUUCCUCCUUCCAGACCCGAGUCUACUCCCGGCUCAUUCCCACGACCCCAGGACGACAUCUCCAGUCACACUGCGUGUCUACACACGUGAGCUGCACUGAGUUCAUGACAAAUGGCACUUCCAAAUCUGUCAUCUUUUUACUAAAAAUCCUGACUUUUUCCUUUAUAAAAACCUUGCCCUUGCCACUCCCCACCCCCUCAAAAAAAAAAAAACAACAAAAUGCAAAAAGUCAAAGAAACGUUAGCUCUCAAGCAGCCUGGAAACAAGCAGCCCUGUGUCUGUGGGAAGUAUACUCCUGUUCUGGGUAACACUUUUAACACCUAGAACUUGAUUACAUUUUUUAGAUCUCACCGUCACUUACUUAUUUGAUUCCUUGGAUGGAAGAAAAAACAUUUGAGAAUGCAGAGGAGCCCCUGGGUGGCGUGCCGCAGUGUCCCGUGGGGAGUCCUACAGCUGGAAGCGGUGCUGCCCCAUGGCUGUGUGCUUGGCCGCGGUCACACGCAGACCUCCCUCUCGGCCGACCGCCUCUGUGCUGAUGCGCCUGCUCUGUUCGUCCCCCAUUUAUCCACACUCUCGUUCACACCCACACACAUUUGUCCCAUGUGCAGAACUUAACAGAAAGUCACUCGUGUGAAAUUGCGUGUGCCUGCCGGGGCCUUCGUGCAUUUGCACAAACAGGCUGAAGAUGUGUAUUUCUUGGACAGACAGCAAAUUUAAACAUUUCAACCCAAGACUUAGUUUUCGGUACUUGGGCAGGCCUUUUACGUCUGUGUGGGAAAGGAAGCCCUUAGGGGGAGGUAGCGAUGGCUCCGUUUAUAAUUGAACAAAAGAAAAUGCGGUUUCGGCUGACCUGCCAGCACCCUGAGUGGCGGCAGAGCUCUCGGAGCGGCCAUGGUCACCUCGGAAGCGCUCGGCGCAGGAACCACCUGGUGGCUCUCUGAUGUUCGUCUUGGGAAAACAGGUGCCCGUUGCAUAGCGGAUGAGGGUGUGGUUCACACUGGCGGUUGAGGUGGCUUCGUCAGUGCCCGUCGCUCUGUGGGACUGCUCACCACGAGUCACCAGUCACGAUACUGCCGUCAAUACUUAAAGCCAGUCUGCAUGGCUGCUCGAGCCUUGUUCACAGUGGACGCCUGGAGGCUGCGGUCCCUGUGCUGGGACGGCAGCUCGGCCCCCCUCAGGCCGCCUCUGCGGGCGUGGCGGAGGGACCUGCCCUCGUGCCCAGGCCGCGCGCUGCCCUGCUGUGGUUCUCCUCUGUGCUCUAGAUCCGAACCUUCCGGGGAGCUUGUUGAAAACACACACUCCUGCCUGGCCUGUCAGUUGAAUCAGAACCUCUGGAAGGGGACCAAGGAUGUGUUCUCUGUGUUUGCCAAGUUCCCUGAGAGCCCCUGAGAGGAAAGUGCCCCGUGCAUCUCAGCCCCACGCGGGGCAGUGAGCACAGGUCGCUCCAGAGCAGGGUUUGGUGCUGAAACCGCGGAACUGGCCCCUCUGUUUUCAGACGGAAGUUGGAGGCGCAGUCUGAACACACGUAACUGACUCCUUCCUGUGAACACACCCACAGGGAGGUUCCUCCUUGUGUUGCUUCAUGCAUCCGUCUUGUUGACGUAACUGGUACAUUUUCAUCAUCCCCAUGCUUCGCUGCUCACCAGCACAGUGGGGAAGAGUCAUAUCCCCGUAGUUGGGCUGAGCUGUGGAUUGUUGUUUAAUCUGGGGGUCCUACAGGGCUUCGUGGGGAGAUGCAGUGGAGGUCCUGGGAUCCCCGGAGAGGUAUCUGGUGUUCCAGGUGCCUCUUCUGUGAUUACCGCAAAUGCUUGAGAAUGAGCCCCAGCAGAGCUCUCUCUGCAGGGGUGGUGUUGCUGUUGCCCCUCCCUCCACGCUGGAGCCUGCUCCCUUUAGGUUAAAAAAAGGAAAGAAAUGGCAUGUGAAAGAAAGGCCACGUGCAAUUUACUUUUAUAAGUCACAGAAGUUCCUUGACCACCAUCAUCUUGGCCAGUGGGCGUGAUUACAGCAGAGGAAGUGUGUCCUGCUCACGGAAACACAGGUGGUGUUUGGGGGCAGGUGUGACGCUGCGGGACCUUGGUUUAGGGGCUGAAGGCAGACGGGCUGCGGGGUCAGGCCUUCCAGCACUGCAGGCCGGGGCUGGGCCACAGACUGGAGUUUUUAGACCCAUUUUGAAUUGGAAAGCUCAGAGCACAAGGCAAAUGUGGGAAAUUGAUAAAUUGAGAAGACAGGAUGGUGCCAGCCAUUGUGUCAUCCCCAGUUUCCUGUCCUGAGGCUGCAGUAUCCAUGUUUCUUCCCAUCUUUCUUCAGCCAAUACCUAGUCCUUUAAAAUUAUUUGGUGGUUCUGCAGAUCCUUUUUUUAAAAAAUGUAUUAAUUUUUAUGUAAAAGACAGAUGCAAAAUGCAAGGCCCAGCAGAGUGGAGGAGUCUUUAAAGAGAAGACCGUGGCUGUCUGCACUGUGAGUUGUUUCAUGGACUUGAAUUCCAGCUGACGGCUGACGGGCCGGGGCCGGGCCCCCUGGCGUGAGCACUGUGAGGAAGUGGGCGAAUUUGCACUUCCUCGGAAGCCAAGUUAGUCUUUGGUUUUUGUUCUUCAUUCAGUUGUUAUGUUAUAGGUUCUGUUGAGACCAUCCAGAGUGUCCCAAAGUGAUGAACCGUGUGGUGACACGCAGGCAGCUAGGACGAGUGUCUGCAGUGUUCUCUUCCUCUCAGAAACACUGGCCGGGCCCUCCCAGUCUCCCCCUCCCGCCUCCCCAGGGAGGGCAGGCCGGGCACCACCCCCUGUGCCAGUCCAGCAGCAGCUCUUCCUUCCAAAGCUUGAGUGCCAUUUUGCGAUGAACUACCCCUGAUAUGCAGGAAAGGACGUAGCCUAGCAACCUUUUUAAAAAGUCUUUUUAAUGUCUCCUUUGCCCAAGUUCACUGGGUCUUUCACUUCUCUGACCCAGGUUGGAGUUUGGCUAAAUCUGUAACAUCUGAGUAGCUCACUGUUUAACUACAUUAGUUGAAAGCAGUUGAUACAUCUGUGGCCUCGUAUCUACAAAGAGCACCCCAGAUUGUCCCAGUGUUGUCAGGACAUGAUGUGCCAACAAAGAUGUAUUUAACUAUUAACAUGAACGUGUACUGUGUAUAUGACUCUGUAAUAUUUCUAAUAAAUAUAUUUUGUUUCUGUCUGA